AUGCAAUUGCUGCAUCGGUAUGGGGUGGUGUUCCCGGAACUUCUGGCGCGGGAGCGAAUGGCUCCCCGCUGGCGGGACCUGGUGCGAGUGUACCGCCGUCUGGAAGCGCGCGGCGAAAUCCGGGGCGGGCGGUUUGUUGCGGGGUUCGUCGGCGAGCAGUUCGCCUUGCCCGACGCCGUGGCAAUGCUUCGCGAGACCCACCGCUCGCCGGCUUCCGUGGGAACCGGCGGCAUGGAUGUGGUAUCAGCCUGCGACCCGCUGAACCUGGUUGGCAUCGUGACCCCUGGGGAACGGGUGCCUGCCGUGCCCGGCAACCGGGUGGUUUUCCGUGACGGCGCUCCUCUGGCGUCGCUGGAAAAGGGUGUACUGGUCAACCGGGCCAAUGCUGACGCCGAGGCCAUUGCCGCCGCUUCGGCUUUGUUGUACGGAGCGGGUCGGCUCCCCACACCCGAACCCGGGUCCUUCGACGCCUAUCCUGGCCCAUCGGUACAGGUAUGGCCCGCUCCUGGGGACCCGAUGGCCGUACCGGACUCGACGGGGGUUGCGAACCCUCAGGGCGGACGGGCGGCCUUUGGCCGAUUCAGCCUCAACUGA